GUUCGUGGUCAAAAGCAGUUUAGAAAUGUCUGGAAAUGUUGCAUUUUAAAUUCCUUUGUAUGGUGGAGUGACUCUUCACUGUGAGUUACAAGUAAUUGUAUUAAUUAAACAACUGUCUUGGUUUUAAAGUUUAACCCUGAAUUAAUAGAUUCAUCGCAUUAUUCAGAAUGGGAGAACGGUAUAACAUACACAGUCAGUUGGAACAUUUACAGUCAAAAUACAUUGGUACCGGGCAUGCGGAUACAACCAAGUUCGAGUGGUUGAUGAACCAACAUAGAGAUUCGUGCAGUUCUUACAUGGGACACUAUGAUCUUUUGAACUUUUUUGCAAUUGCCGAGAACGAGGCAAAAGCAAGAGUUCGGUUUAACCUGAUGGAAAAAAUGCUACAGCCAUGUGGACCACCCCCUGAAAAACCGGAAGAUUAACUUUUAGUUUUCGUAUUUUCGUACUAUUAAUGACAUGUGCAUAAAAGUUAUUUUUACUUUAAAAAGAAAAUUACCAUAUUUAUAAUACCAAUUAUUCAUCUCUUUUAAUUCAUUAUUAAGUGUUCAUCUGUACUCUUAUGAUUCUCUUACAAAAAUAUAUCAUAGAUUAAUGUCAUUUACAUAAAAACUUCAUAAAACAUGAAUAAAAAGUG